AUGAUGCCAGCCGACAGAAUCCUCUCUUCCUCAAUAUCUUCGCCACGAACACCCUCACAGCCGAUGAACAUCUCGGAUGAGUCCAUCAGACCACCACCUUGUAUAAAUAUCAGACGCUCUAGGUAUGAUGAUGACUUUGUAGAGUUGGAGAGGAUAGGCAAGGGUGGAUUCGGUACAGUGUAUAAGGUACAGAACCGUCUGGAUGGUCUAUAUUAUGCUCUGAAGAAGAUACCUUUUAAGAAUACAUCACAGACUUAUUUGGACAAAGUGUUGCGCGAGGUCAAGACACUGGCAUCACUCAAUCAUGUAAACAUUGUUAGAUAUCAUACUGCAUGGCUGGAGCACAAGGACACAUCACCAAUCAACACCAGCUCAAACUCCAUCACAAAGAUAUCAUUGACCAGUCAUGGUGGCGGUGCUGGCGUCACAACCGAGCUGCCAACUUCAAUGGAAGAUGAUUGGGAGUCAACUGAGGCGAUGGAUGAUGAUGAUGAUGUUGACUCCUCAUCUUCUGACGAUGACAACGACGACGACGACGAUAAUGAAGAUGAUGGAGAAUCAAGCCUAUCCAACUUGCAUCGACAGUUCACUCUAAGACCAUUCACAUCAUCAAUGAUUCCUCAGAUACCUUCACAUCUAAAGUAUGAGAGUGAGAGUGGAACUGGAAACCAAUCACGUGACGCUGAUGAUGAUGAUGACAACGACUCAAGUGAUGAGGACACUGGAACUGGAACUGGAAUGUUUGUUAAGCCUCCACGUUAUGACAGCUCCAUGGAUGAUGAGAAUAAUGAGUUGGCCAAAAGAAGUCGUGGACGCAGGGAUCAUCAGCAACAACAGCAACAGCCACCCCAGCAAUCACCAACUCCAAGGACAACUACACAAGGCGUCACAACCCUGUAUAUAGUAAUGCAGCUGUACAAUCAGAACCUUUCAAAGUGGCUCGAGUCAAGGAGCCAAAUCAACCCAGAGGAGAACCAACGCAUCUUUAAGCAGAUCUGCAUUGGUCUCAAGUACAUACACUCCAAGGGCAUUAUCCAUCGCGAUCUGAAGCCCGGCAACAUCUUCCUCGGGUGCACCGACACGCCCUCACUGGACAACUCAACUCACUCGCUUGCCAGCAACAGCAGUGUGCUGAGCAGUAGUGGCGGCAGUAGCAGUGGCGGCAGUAGCUUCUGCGAUCCAGAACACGACGAUGAGCUGUUGGUAUCACUGGGCGACUAUGGACUGGCGACCCAGAACUCGACCGCCAUCUCUACACCGACCCCCACUCCAAUGUCCACACCAUCUCUUCAGUCCUCGGCAACACCUCUCAAUAUCAAUCCUUUGGACCAAUACUCUCUAUCCUCGCCCUCGCCCUCACCCCAACAGCCACAGACUUCCUCCUCGCUGGCGACAACCCAACAUCUAACGGCAACCAACAUAAAUCGCUCAGGUGAACAUAACAAACAUACUUGUGCAGUUGGUACACUGACCUACAGUAGCCCCGAGCAGAAGAAGGGUCUCUACAACGAGAAGACCGAUAUCUACAGCUUGGGCAUCAUCCUUUUUGAACUCUACUCGAUCUUCUCCACAAAGAUGGAGAAGGCACGCGCCCUGACCGACCUCCGCAACGGCACCCUGCCACCAAGCUUUGUGCGCAACUAUCCGCUUGAAGCCAACCUCAUCCACUCAAUGAUGCGGGCCAACCCUGAUGAGCGGCCCUCCGCCCAGGACAUACUCAAACACGAGAUGUUUGGACAGAUACUGUCCAUGACCGAGAUGGAAGUGCUCAUCAAGCAGCAACAGAGCAUGAUUGAGCGUUUGAAGCAGGAGAUCUACCAUCUCAAGUCCCCGACCCUUGUGUCCAAGUUGACGCCAGCCUUUGCACCCACGCCCAUCCAGCAGAGCAUGUAA